CAGCCUCCGGGCGGCGCGGCGCGGGCGGCGGCCGAUCCAGGGCGGGGGUCGGCGCCCCGGCCAGCCCGGCCCGGCCCGGCCCGGGGCCGCGUCCCGAGCGUCCGCCCUAGCCGCUGCAGCCUCGGUGUCCGGCCGGCCGGCCAUGGAGGCCGAGCGCCCUCCGGCGUCUGGCUCGGGCUGCGGGCGUCCCCCACUCCGCACCGCCGGCCGGGACCCCGCGACCGCGCCCGUGUCGGUACCCGCGCAGCCGCAGGGCCCUGCUGUUGAGUUCGCGCUGCCCCAGGAGCCGGAGCCGCGAGCCGCGGACCUCGGAGCCCCAGGGGCGGGGGCGGCCGGGCCCCCGACGCUGUCAGCUCACAUCCCAGUGCCAGCGCAUAGAACCCCCCCAGGAAAAGCUCGACUGGACGAAGUCAUGGCUGCCACAGCCCUCACAAGCCUGUCCACCAGCCCCCUCCUGCUGGGGGCCCCAGGUGUGACCUUCAGCACAGAACCGUGCCUGGAGCCCUGGAGGGAGGCCCCGGUGCAGCCACCCGGCAGUGGCGGGAGCUGGGACCCUGCCAGCGAUCAGUCCUCUCCGUCUACACCGUCGCCGCCACUGCCCCCUGAGGCAGCCCACUUCCUGUUCGGGGAGUCCACGCUGAGGAAGAGGAAGAGCUCGCUGCAGGGGCUGUUCCAGUGCCUGUGGAAGCGCUGCGGGAAGGUGCUGAGCUCCGCGUCGGGGAUGCAGAGACACAUCCGCCUGGUGCACCUGGGGAGGCAGGCUGAACUGGAGCAGAGUGAUGGCGAGGAGGACUUCUACUACACAGAGCUGGAUAGUGGCAUGGACUCGCUGACCGAUGGGCUGUCCGGCCUGACCCCAGGGUCCCCCACGGCCUUGGUGCCACCCGCCUUUCCCCGCUUGGAGCCACCGGAGCCCCUAGCCCUGCCCAGCCUUCUGCGCCUGCCUGCCCUGCCCCUACCCCCAGUGCUGAGCACCACAUCCCCCUCCCAGGUGUGCCCCAGUGACCAUGCCCACCAGGUCACGGGCAGCUCCCAAGGAGCACGAGGCCAUAGCAGUGCCUCCUCUCAGGGCUGCCUGGCACCCGUCCGCCUGGAACCACAGACCACCCCUGUCAGGGCCUGUGUGCCAGCCCUGCCAGCCAAACCCAGUGCCAACCCAAGGAAGCCCCGGGGUGAUGCCAAGAAGUGCCGGAAAGUGUACGGCAUGGACCACCGGGACCUGUGGUGCACGGCCUGCCGCUGGAAGAAGGCCUGCCAGCGUUUCCUGGACUGAGCCUGCCCAGGGCCUCUCCGAGCUGCAGGGUCUUUUUAAGAGGGGAGGUCCCCACCACUCAGAAGUGCCUCUGAAGAAACCAGCCUUUGGCCUUUUGCACUAAAGCCAAACCUCACCGCUGUCCCCUCGGCCCCCAGUCAGCCAUGGCCUCGUCAGGAGUGUGAUAGGGCCACACAGGGCGUCCUCGAUGCACUUUGAGGGGUGUCAGGGAGGGGCGCCCCGCCCGCACUUCACCUGACUGAGGGCCCAGGCGCGCGUCUGCCGUGUUUGCUCAGGUCUCUCACGCCUGGGCUGAGCCAGGCGAGGAGUAAAAUUAAAGACUCGGGACUUUUCCAAAA